ACGAUGGGCUCGGUGGGAGCCGAGCGCUUCAAGGAGCUGAGCCCAGUGGGGACCCCAGAGGGCAACGUGGUGAUGAGCUUCAGCUUUGACAGCUACCAGCUGGAGGAGGACGAGCUGCAGAGGGGCAGCCAGGCCAAGGGCGUCCUCACCUUCAUGGAACCAGUUUCUGAGGAUCCUGAGCCCCAGGAUCGAUACCAUGGGAUCUACUUUGCCAUGCUGCUGGCCGGGGUGGGAUUUCUCCUGCCAUACAACAGCUUUAUCACUGAUGUGGACUACCUGCACCAUAAAUACCCAGGGACCUCCAUUGUCUUUGACAUGAGCCUCACCUACAUCCUGGUGGCUUUGGUGGCCGUCAUCCUCAACAAUGCGCUGGUGGAGCUGCUGAGUUUGCACACCCGGAUCUCCGUGGGCUACCUCUUUGCCCUGGGGCCCCUGCUCUUUGUCAGCAUCUGCGAUGUGUGGCUGGAGCUCUUCAGCCGCAGACAAGCCUACGCCAUCAACCUGGUGGCUGUCGGGGUGGUGGCCUUUGGCUGCACAGUGCAGCAAUCCAGCUUCUACGGCUACACAGGGCUGCUGCCCAAGCGCUACACGCAGGGAGUGAUGACAGGAGAGAGCACCGCUGGGGUCAUCAUCUCGCUCAGCCGUAUCUUCACCAAGCUGCUGCUGUCGGACGAGAAGGAGAACACAGUCAUCUUCUUCUUCAUCUCCAUCGGCAUGGAGCUGACCUGCUUCGUCCUGCACCUGCUGGUGAAGCGCACUCGCUUCGUCCGCUACUACACAGCCUGCUCCCGCCAGGGCCUCCCCGAGGGCCGGGGGGCCAGCGAGCCCGGGACCAGCUACCGCGUCCACCACGACGUCACUGCCGAGGACAUCCGAUUUGAGAGCCAGCAGCGGGGGCAGCCAGGCUCUCCCCAGGGCAGCCCAGGCCCCGAGGCUGAGCUGGCUGGCAGCGGCACCUACGUGCGCUUCGACGUCCCUCGGCCCAAAAUCAAGAGGAGCUGGCCCAGCUUCAGAGACAUGCUGCUCCACCGCUACGUCGUGUCCCGCCUCAUCUGGGCCUACAUGCUCUCCAUCGCCAUGACCUACUUCAUCACCUUGUGCCUCUUUCCUGGGCUGGAGUCAGAGAUCCACAACUGCACGCUGGGGGAGUGGCUCCCCAUCCUCAUCAUGGCCAUCUUCAACCUCUCUGACUUUGUCGGCAAGAUCCUGGCUGCCCUGCCCUAUGACUGGAGAGGGACUCACCUCCUCAUCUACUCCUGUGUCCGUGUGGUCUUCAUCCCCCUCUUCAUCAUGUGUGUCUACCCCAACGGGAAGCCCACCUUCGGCCACCCUGCCUGGCCCUGCAUCUUCUCCCUCCUCAUGGGCAUCACCAACGGCUACUUUGGCAGCGUGCCCAUGAUCCUGGCUGCCGGCAAAGUGAGCCCUGAGCAGCGGGAGCUGGCAGGGAACACCAUGACUGUGUCCUACAUGACAGGCUUGACGCUGGGCUCAGCCGUGGCCUAUUUUGCCUACAGCCUCACCAGUACGUCCCACAGCAGCUGUUUCUACACUGAAAUCUCCAAUGGCUCCUUUACAUCAGGGUACUGA